AUGGACGUCUACGAAAUGCCUGUCCAGCCGGGAAACUUCUCCCAUAUAUUUAAUGGAAUUUCUCCCGCUAGCUUUUACUACUAUAAAUACAGCAUUUGCUAUAACAACGACUGCAGUUAUCUCAGUGACGAUACUUUGAAUACGAGAUUCGAAGGUGUGAAGCUUAAUCAAACGACAGACAUCACGCAGACGUCAGCGUUGGUCAACUGGGAACUGCUACGGAAUGGAGACACCAAAAUAAGUUACGUCUGGGUGUAUGCAAUACCAGUGGACAAGAGCUUGGAUCAGCAACGGUGCGUUGGUACAAGCAGACAGGAGUGCACGCUGGAACACCUGCGACCUGAUUCGGACUACGACCUUGUGGUGAAGGCCUGUGAAAACAUCGGCUUCUGCACGGCGUUAAAGCCUCAGGGGAGAAUAAGGACGCUGAAGCCCUAUACACUAGAGCCUCCGUCCGACAUUAAGUCUGCUAAUGUCUGGCCCACAUCGUUUUCACUGAUCUGGUCAAAACCAGUGGCCGACAUAGCCGACUCCUUCGAAUACCGGGUUUCUCUGACGGCAACGGAGGACCCAACAACUCCGAUGUGGAUCUUCAUUUGCGAAACAUCCCUGGAACGCGAUGGGACAGUGAUUUGUCCAGUUAGGAAUCUACAGACAGAUUUUUCGUACUCGGCAACUGUAUCAACCUGCGUACGAGCCGACAUGUGUUCCCAACCCAGUGCAACCAUCACUGUAAAAACAGGCCAAAAUGACAACUACGUUCUAAAUGCCACGGCAAUCGGACCAUAUUCUGCUACCCUAAGUUGGUCGAGUACGAGGACAAAGCCCGACAGUGAGUUCAGAGUUGAUGUAGACUUCUCACCCAUCCCUUCGUGCACAACGGCGGUCACCGAGGGUCCGCAAGUUUGCCACCUCCAGGGUCUUCUGCCAUCGACGAAGUACGCCUGCCAGCUCCUUGAAUGCCUGUCUAAUACGGCUGUGUGUGUAACAAUGUUCAGCUUCACACUGUCUACAACCACUGACGAGCAAGUACAAAAAGUUCUUCGAACGCUAGCAGCGGAUAUGACUAAAGCAUCCGCUAAACCUCUUGAUACUACUGGCCAACUCAUGAUUCGAGUGUCCUACGCAGAGCUUGGCAUUCCCGACAUGGGCAACCUUCAAGGCGUCUCCGUUGUAAUUACGCCUCUUCAAGACCAAAAUAUGCUCCAAAGUCCCGCUUGGUCCUCUGCGUCGGACAAGAAGUUGCAGUUUGUUGGUGGAGUAAGCAAAGCGAUCGUUUUUAUAAAUCGGACUGUAGGUUAG